CCUCAUUGUUCACCCCACAAAAACUUAAAAACUCGAAACUUAUUAGCUCCAUAUUUUUUUUCUUCCCAACUCAUUCUACUCUCUAGUCAAUAUAUGUACAGAUGAUGGCAAGGUCAGUACAAUCGCUUGCAGUAGGGAAAGUGAUAGGCGAUGUGGUUGACAUGUUUACUCCAAGUGUUGAACUUUCGGUUUAUUAUGGUUCACUGAAAAUUACUAAUGGUUGUAAACUUAAACCUUCGGUUGUCUCUGGUAAGCCUACUGUUUUUAUCAAUAAUUCUCAUCAAUCUCAUCAAGCUCAAGGCAAUCAUUUUUAUGAUCUUCAUCGUUCUGGAUCCACCAACCUUUACACACUUGUGAUGAGUGAUCCUGACGCACCAACUCCAAGUGAACCUAGUAUGAAAGAAUGGCUCCACUGGGUUGUUGUUGAUAUUCCCGAAGGAUUUGAUUCCACAAGAGGAAGAGAAGUGGUGCCCUACAUGGAACCUCGCCCACCAAUUGGCAUUCACAGGUACGUGUUCACACUGUUUCAGCAGAAAUGUCCAAUGGUAUUUGGAGGACCAGUUUUGAUGAACACUCGGGGAGAUGCACUUAUGGUUGGGAACAAUGGCCAUGAGGAUGGAGAGACCGACUUGCCUUGUCGUGCUCAUUUUAACACUCGCAAUUUCGCAGCUCAGAAUGGAUUUGAUCUUCCUGCUGCCGCAGUAUUCUUUUACGCACAGAAAGAACCUGCAUCCAAGAAACGUUGAUAUGCUAUUUCAUUUAUGUUGUGCCUUUUAUUAAAAUAUCAAGUUGUACAGUUUAAUUAGACAAUAUCAAGUACCUUAUUAUAAUUAGUCAUUGGCAGUGUGGUAGGCCCAUCCACUGGCUACUUUGGAGAGCCUUUCGUAUGAAGCAAAGGUUCGUCGGCAGUGUCAAUUGGCUCUUAGAGAUUUCAAUUUUUCCGAGAAAAGUGGGUAUAGAUCGAGGGAAAAACACUUAAUUAAAUAGUUUUGCCAAUGGCCAAAGGUGAUGGCAUAUCCCUGAAAAUUCUGACA